AGCGCAACGGUCGGGUGCGACUUACCCAUCUGAAAACCGCGCGCCUUCUGCUCAGCCUGGGCCACCGCCGCGGGGCUUCCCUGUACUCUGGCAGUUUCACGCAGAUGGACAGGCUUGGAGAUUUGAAGACCGUAGAGCAUAGAAGCCUGAGGCAGCUGGAUUUGACCCUGCGCCUGGCCUCAGAUCGAGUUUUGGUGAAAAUCCCACUUAUACCUCACAUAGAAAUUCUGUUUUGAGAUUUAACUAUAACUGGAUACACCCACCAUAAAGCACUUCAGCUCUCACUCUUCCCACUUUCGUGAACUUGGCAAACACAAAUAUUAUAUCUUCUUGAUGUGACUACAUUAUUUUCACAUUGUUUCUCCUACCGCCCUGUUACCGUGCCAGGCAUUGGGUACAUGCAAUCUUGCUUAUGUGCUACAGCCUGGCACAUAAAAGUUACUUUUAUUUCCCCCACAAGUAACAUACAGAGUUAUUUACCUCAGGUUACUCACCUAGAAAAUAGUAGAAGUUGCAAGUUGGACUCUGACCUUUGGCAAAAACAAAAGUAGUGUCCAAUCUGACAUCAAAAGCUGUUUCUGUUGGUUGAAGAGAUGCUAUUACAUUGUACGCUUUGUAAGAACAUCGCUGCUACGAGAUGAAAUUCAGGCACUCAAUAAGCACGGUUGGAAGGCUUACCCCAAGGAGGAGAAGUGACCACAGAAUGGAGCAGUGAGACACUGGCUUUUUCGAAGAUGGCUUUUCUUUUGGAGACCAAUCUUCCAGCCCUGUUCUGUCACUCGCCGAGGUUGGUCUCUGUAGAAGGAACCUAUUGCUCUCUGCAUUUCUGGAAAACACUCAGAGGUGUGGAAGGACAAGGCUUGCCACAGCUUGGAUUUCCAGGGAGCUUUCUCUCCAGAAAGAACUUUCAUUUUAAUCAGAAAUACCUCUGAAAGAUCCAAAAAAGGCCUAGAGGAGAAGGACCAACAUGGGAAUCUUAUACUCUGAGCCCAUCUGCCAGGCAGCCUACCAGAAUGACUUGGGUCAAGUGUGGCGGUGGGUAAGAGAAGACAACCACUAUGUCAACAUUCAGGAUGGCUUCAAUGGAGACACUCCUCUCAUCUGUGCUUGCAGGCGAGGGCAUGUGAAAAUUGCUUCCUUCCUUUUAAAAAGGAAUGCUAACGUCAACCUCAAAAACCAGAAAGGGAGAACCUGCUUGCAUUAUGCUGUGAAGAAGAGAUUUACCUUCUUUGAUUAUCUACUCAUCGUCCUCUUAAUGCCUGUCCUGCUCAUUGGGUAUUUUCUCAUGGUAUCAAAGACAAAGCAGAAUGAGUAUCUUGUGCGAAUGCUUCUUAAUGCUGGUGUUGAGGUUAAUGCGACAGACUGUUAUGGCUGCACUGCACUACACUAUGCCUGCAGAAUGAAAAACCAGACUCUCAUUCCUCUGCUCCUGGAGGCCCAUGCAGACCCCAUGAUAAAGGACAAGCAUGGUGAGAGCUCACUGGACAUUGCACAGAGACUAAAAUUUUCCCAGAUUGAAUUAAUGCUAAGGAAAGCAUCAUAAUCCUGUGACCUCACAAGUGAAGACACAGACAAAGCUAAAGGACUGAAUUCUGAUUCCAUCUUUGACUGCUGGUCUGUGAGCAACCCUAGCAUGGAUACCUCCAUUAUGGGUUAAUCAUGGCUGCCAUGGUUAAUGUUUUUGAAGAGCCUUUAUAUAUAAUGUUUUUUUUAACUCAGUGGAAUGCACUCUCACCAUAAUUGUUCUUGGAAAAUUAUUAAACCUCUGUUAAAAACAUGAUAUUUCAAAUUUAGGCUCUCCUGAAGAAAAGGAACAGAGUAUUUGAGAUAGAUUCUGUUUUUCCAGUUGUGUUAGGCUUAUAAUGGAUCAGUCUUGUCUACAUCAUGCUGGGGAGAAAAAUCUGUUCCUUUCAGGUCCCGUUAAGUAUAAAAAGGAGGAAUCCAAGUCUGUACAUUUGAAUUGAAUUAUAUGUGUAUGUGUGAAGUUCAGA